AUUUCGCUCCCCUUAUAAAUACCCCCUCCCCUUUCCCACACGCUUAGCACUUGUAUUCAUUCAUUCCUCUUCCUCUGUUUCCUUUCUCACUCAACCAACUCAAAAAAUCUCUAACUCAGAACCCAAAAUUGAAAAUUUCCGGUGAAAUGGAUUGGUUUCGCGGCGAGAAAUUGGGGCACGGGAGUUUCGCGCAGGUGAAUUUAGCGAUUCCGAGAAGCCAGAGCUCGUUUCCUCAGCCGUUAAUGGCGGUGAAGUCGUGCGGCGUUUAUCUCUCCUCGUCGCUCGUCAACGAGAAAUUCAUACUGGAGGAGCUCAAGGAUUGCCCGGAGAUCAUCCGUUGCUAUGGAGACAGCUAUUCGUGCGAGAACGGCGAGAAAUUGUACAAUGUGCUGCUGGAGUACGCCUCCGGCGGCUCUCUCGCCGAUAAGCUCAAAUUCUCCGGCGAUCGGACGCUGCCGGAGCCUCAAGUCCGGCGAUACACCAAGGCUCUGCUGAGAGGGCUGCACUACAUCCACAAGUUCGGGUACGUCCACUGCGAUGUGAAGCUGCAGAACAUUCUGCUGAGCUCUGACGGCAGCGUGAAGAUCGCCGAUUUCGGUCUCGCGAAGCGCGCCGGCGGCGCCGCUGCGGGCGGCGAGCUGCGGGGAACGCCUAUGUACAUGUCGCCGGAGAUGGUCGCCGGCAGCGAGCAGGGGGCUCCGGCGGAUGUCUGGGCGCUCGGGUGCGUGGUCGCGGAGAUGGCGUCGGGAUCUCCAGCGUGGAGCUGCUCCGACGUGGCGGCGCUGCUGAUGAGGAUCGGCGUCGGCGACGAGGUGCCGGAGAUCCCCGGGGCUUUAUCGGCUGAGGGGAGAGAUUUUCUCGAGAAAUGUUUCGUGAAGGAUCCUCGAGCGAGAUGGACGGCUGAGAUGCUUUUAAAUCAUCCUUUCGUUUGCGGUGAGGAAGAAAUCGACGGCUGUGAUGCGUUGAAAGACACGGCCUCGGCUUCUCCUAGAUGCCCCUUUGAUUUCCAGAACUGGUUGAGUUCAAUUACGUCUUUGCCCUCGCUUUCGGAGUCGUGGUCGUCGGAGUCGGGGUGGUCCGUUUCGACGGCGGAGGAGCGCCUCCGGGGUUUGGUCAAUGUCGCCGAGAAUAGUCCUAAUUGGUCUGUCACCGAUGAUUGGGUCACAAUCAGGUGACGGAGACAAUAUUGAUCACGGUCACAGGAGUCGGCAUCACAUUUUCUUGUGCUGGACACUGAUUUUUUGAUCGACUUUUUUCUUUUCUAAUUCUUUUUUUAUUUUAUUUUUAGGGUAGUGAAACUGAAAACCGGCCAUCUAUUUUUCGGUUUUAUUUAAUUUAAUUUGUAAAUAGUAGAAGUAGAAAUAGAAAUAGAUGGAGUACAAGAUUAAGAAGGCUUGCAAUUGGAAACUCAUAUUUCGAGCCGAAAAGUGUACAGUAACAGAAGUGAUGCUUUUAGUGCCAAUUAUUUCAUUUGGUUCUGACUAAUACUAGUAUUUGAAUGUCUUUUAUA